AUGGAGAAAACUCCAGAUUUCAGCUUUGGCUCUCCUAGUUCAGAGUCGCCAGAACAACCAUCACUCCAUGGGGACAAGGAGGAUGUCAACAAGACUGAGGCCCGUUACGGCUCUCGCAUCAAUGAGGCCACCGACAUGUACGGAGACAUGGCCACGGCCGAAGAAUAUGGCUACGUCUCUCGAGGUCUGAAGUCGCGACACAUCCAAUUCAUCGCUCUCGGCGGCACCAUCGGCACCGGUCUGUUCCUUGGUAUCGGCAAGGCCUUUACGCACGCAGGGCCCCUCUCUGUGCUCCUCGGCUACACCUUCACCGGACUCGCCGUGUACGCCAUGAUGAUGUCGCUGGGGGAGAUGGCGACGUGGCUACCUCUCCCCGGCGCCAUCCCGCAGUUCUGCGCGCGGUACGUCGACGACGCCAUGGGGUUCGCCGUGGGCUGGAACAACUGGUACAACAGCGCCAUCACGCUGUGCGCCGAGAUCUCGGCGGCGUCGACCGUCAUUCAAUACUGGCACGGGGCGCAGGACAUCAACGUCGCGGCGUGGAUCAGCAUCAUCAUCGUCGUGGUCCUCGCGCUCAAUAUCUUCGCCGUCUCCAUCUACGGCGAGGCCGAGUUCAUCUUCGCGUCGAUCAAGAUCGUCACCAUCAUCGGGCUGCUGAUCCUCGCUCUCAUCAUCGACGUCGGCGGCGUGCCCGGCCAACACCGCCUGGGGUUCCAGUACUGGCACGACCCGGGCGCCAUGAAGACCUACAUCGCCGGCGGCGACACCGGCCGGUUCCUGGGACUGUGGUCGACGUUCGUCAACGCGGCGUUUUCGUACGGCGGCGUCGAGAUGGUGGCGGUCGCCGCCGGGGAAGCCGAAGACCCUCGGCGCAACAUCCCCAAAGCGGUCCGGCGCGUCUUCUGGCGCAUCCUGUUCUUCUACGUCCUGGGGACGCUGGCCAUCGGCGUCCUGGUCCCUUACAACGACGACCGGCUGCUGGCGGCCAUCAAGAACGGGUCCGCGGGCGCCGCGGCGUCGCCGUGGGUCAUCGCCAUCGUGCGCGCGCACAUCAAGGUGCUGCCGUCGAUCAUCAACGCCGUCAUCCUGACGUCGGCGUCGUCGUCGGCCAACGCCUUCCUGUACACGGGGUCGCGGUACCUGUACGCGCUCGCGCAGAACCGGCAGGCGCCGCGGUUCCUGCUCAAGUGCACCAAGAGGGGCGUCCCGCUGUGGUGCGUGCUCGUCACCUGCUCGGUCUCCCUCCUGACCUACAUGUCGUGCUCGUCCGGCUCGUCCACCGUGUUCCAGUGGUUCCAGAACCUGGUCACCAUCACCACGCUCUUCACCUGGGUCAGCAUCAGCGUCGCCUACGUCCGCUUCCACGCCGCGCUCGCGGCCCAGGGCGUCGACCGCUCGUCGCUCGCCUUCCGGGCCCCGCUGCAGCCGUACCUCAGCUGGGCCUCCCUGGCGUUCUUCUCCCUCAUCAUCCUCUUCAACGGCUUCGACUCCAUCGCCGGCGGGUGGGACUACCAGGCCUUCAUCACCGACUACAUCGGCGUCCCCAUCUUCUUCGGCCUGUUCCUGUUCUGGAAGAUCCUGAAGCGCACCUGCCCCGUCAAACCCGCCGAGGCUGACUUGUACACGGGCAAAGCCGCCCUCGACGCCGUCGUCUGGCCUCGGCGCCGUCCUCGGAAUUGGUUGGAGAGGGUCUGGUUUUGGAUUGCUUAG